GAGUUCAGUAAAAGUCGUAAUUUAAUGGAUCACAUGAAGAUCCACACUGGCGAAAGGCCGUACCUGUGCAACAUCUGCGGCAACGCCUUUAUUAAUUUAUCAUAUCUUAAAAGCCACAUAACUACGCACACGGGCGAGAAGCCCUACAUCUGCAAAACAUGUGGAAAGAGUUACAAGCAACAUUCCCACCUGGUGAUUCACUCCAGGACCCACACUGGCGAAAGGCCAUACCUGUGCAACACGUGCGGAAAAACCUUUACUUAUUUACCGGUUCUUAACCGCCACAUAGCCACGCACACGGGCGAGAAGCCCUACAUCUGCAAAACAUGUGGAAAGAGUUACAAGCAACGUUCCAGCCUGGUGAUUCACUCGAGGACCCACACCGGCGAAAGGCCGUACCUGUGCAACACCUGCAACAAAACCUUUACUAGAUCAUCACAUCUUAAAAGCCACAUAACCACGCACACGGGCGAGAAGCCAUAUUUGUGCAAGACGUGCAACAAAGGUUUUAGCCGCAGAAUUUAUUUGCUGAGUCACAGUAAAAAUCACCCGGAGGAGAAGUCUGGUGAUUCGUGACAAAUGAAGCUCAUGUUGUCGUCCUCCGGGGGCAGCUGUCCACUCCUGUCUGACCCACAGAAGAAGAACCCGCAGAAGUCCAACCACCACCUCCUGUGGCUGAUGAGCCUAAUCCCCUCCCCACAAGGGUUGAAGGUUCAACCCGGAUUUAUGCUUCUCCGUCAACUUGACGCAGAGGGAACGAU